CAUAGGUAUAGUUCUGGAUGUGGUCCAAUGUUCGAUAGGGUUUCUGGUUUUUGGGUGGAGUUAUGAGCUUCUGGGUAUUUGGGUUGUCAGAUUUUGGGGUUUGUAGUCAUAAUUCAAAAAACAAUUAAAUGCCAGAAGGAAGGAAGAAGAAAAGGUGCGAACAAUUAAAUGCCAGAAGGAAGGUAGAAGAAAAGGUGCGAGUGGCAAAGGAGAAAUUGCAGCAUACCCGAUUCUAGUGUGAGCUUGCUUUUUCUCACCAGCCGUUGAGAUCACUUAAAUGGCUGAGAUGGAGCCGCAAAUAGGGUUCGCAAAAUGGAGUUCCCGCCUGAGCCUAUCGGGGCAGAAAACCUAAUCCUCCAUUUUCCCGAAAAUCAUAAUCCCAGAAUCCAAACAACCCAGAACCUCAUGGGCAAGAAAAGAAACAAGAAGACCCUCGUCUGGAGGCCCAAACCCAAAUCCAGAACCCCCCAGAACGAAAUGCGAAACUGGCUGGACCUUCCACGGGACAUCACCAUUUCCAUACUGUCACGACUCAGAGCGGUCGAGAUUCUGGAGAGCGCGCAGAAGGUGUGCAUGGCUUGGCGCAACUUCUGCAAGGACCCUCUCAUGUGGCGCGCCAUCGAUAUGGCCAACGAUGGCGAUUACGACGACAUGUUCUACGACUUGGAUGAGAUGUGCCGCCACGCAGUGGAUCGUAGCUGUAGUCAUCUGGUUGAUAUCAAUAUCGAGCACUUCGGCAGCAAUGAUCUCCUUGAGUAUAUCACUGACAGUUGCGGUGGUAUCAGACGUCUCCGGCUAGUGUCUUGCGAUAUGAUAUUUGAUGAGGGGUUGGGUAAAGUGGCUUCAAAGCUUACUAUGCUAGAGGAGCUUGAGAUCUCUUUAUGCAAUUUCUCAUGCACAUCUCUACAAGUAGUGGGGCGCUCUUGCCCUCUUUUGAAGUCAUUCAAAUUCAACAGGUCCAAUUUAUCGGAUGAUGCGAUCGGUGUGUUUAAUUACUAUGAUGAGAAUCCUUUAAGGAAAGAUGACGAAGCAUUUGCUAUAGCAGGAACGAUGAAUGGUUUACACCACCUUCAACUUUUCGCAAAUCGGCUCACUAAUGAUGGCUUGAUGAAGAUUCUUGAUUGCUGUCCUCAUCUUGAGUCACUUGAUCUGCGCCAUUGUUUCAAUCUUAAUCUGAAGGGAGCUUUGGGAAAAAGAUGUGCAGAACGAAUUAAACAAUUGCGGCUUCCCAAUGAUUCCAUUCAGGACUAUGAAUUUCGUGUUGCAGCCUCUGACUGUGAUGAUUAUGGAUUUUACGAUGAUCCUGAGGAAGACAAUGGAUUUUAUUAUGAUCCUGCGGAGUUUGACUGUGAUGAGUAUCGGUGUUAUGCUAGAGAUUUUUAUGGGUACGACUCGGAUGAUAGUGAUUUCUAUGAUGAUUUCACCAAACUUGGAGUGUCUGACUUCCUUUUUUGAAUUGGAGACCGUCUCGCAGCUGAAAUCUGGGAUACAGAGAGAGGUAUUGAAUUUGGAGUGUCUCUACGAAAGCAAGCCGUAUUUCUGGGUUGGUAGCAACAUUGACAACUUUAUUGCCCUGUUUUGGGUUAGGGAAAGAGUGGAUUAUUUUCUGCAAGGGCAUUUAGCUACUUUGCUCCUUAGGGUAGAGAGCUGAUUUUUUUUGUAUUUGUCCUUGUAUUUGUACAAGUUACUGUUUUAUCAGAACAAUGUAAGUUUUUUAUUUUGAUCAUGGAAGGUUGGUUGAUUUUGAA